AUGGGCCAAUACGGCCAUUUGAUACCGGACCGAUAUGUCCGGGAAGUUCCGAAUGAAAUUGAUAUGAAUACGGCCAGCAUCUUCUGGGGCUUUUCUCUCUGCGCUGCGGUUUUUACGUUGGCAAAGGGCACACAGCAGAGUUGGCGCGCGUGGAAAAGGCGACAUCGCGUCACUGCCUAUGUGGGUAUGAUUUGGGUGGUUUGGUUGAGCAGUAUGGUCCUUGGAUGUUUAGCGUGGGGAUUCCAGCGACAAUACAUCGCGCCCAGCUUUGGCUUUUAUUUUUCGGUUGCAUUCUUCUGGGCGUUGCAAGUCCAAUUCCUUCUUCAAAUCAUCAUCAACCGAAUUGGUCUAUUAAUGGUAUCCAAAGCUCGCGCUACCCGCCUCAAAUGGAUCGUUUUUGUGAUAAUACUGCUGGUUAAUAUCAGCGUCUUCGUGAUCUGGAUGCCAGCCCGUCUUCAGAUCAGCGAUCGAUGGGUCCGAUUGAAUGCUAUUUGGGACCGAUGCGAAAAGGUUAUUUUUGCUGUCGUUGAUGGCGUUUUGAACGGCUACUUCGUCUACUUGGUUCGAUCACGACUUAUUGAGAAUGGAUUGACCAAGUACAUCCCACUCUAUCGGAUGAAUCUGGGACUUAUCGGUUUGUCUCUCUCGUUAGACAUUGUUUUGGUAGGACUUAUGUCCUUGCCAAGCAGCUUAGUCUACCUCUCAUUUCACCCCGUCGCCUACCUCCUGAAACUCCAAAUCGAGAUGAAAAUGGCUGAACUCAUCACAAAGAUUGUCCGCUCUUCAGGUACCCGCAGCUCGGACGAAAUGUACCACCACAGUUCCAACAUGACACACGUGAACCAGAGACAGAUGACGUCUACUGCUAAAGCCAAGCCCGACGGGCCAUUAACAGGAGCCCAGGGGGCGAUGAGAGGCAGGAACACGACACUAAUAGAAGGUGGUGAUCUAGGUGAAUUUGAAAGUUCACUAGAGACGGCGAGGAGUGGAAGGGAUAAUCUGAGUGGCAUCGUGAGGACUAUUGAGACGACGGUGGACAGCUCGCCUGCGCAUGUCGAGCCAAGUUCUCCUACCGAAGCUAAGCAUAGUGAAUACGCGCAAAGUAUAGCUAGUUCGACAUUUGUACUAGCUGGUAGACGAGACUAA